AUGAGCUCGUUUGAGGCACCGAAAUCCACACGCUCUGGCUCGCGCGUUGCAGCGCUAGGCAAGCGUCCGUCGCUCAUGCACCGCAGCUCCGAUCCCGAGUUCAGCGACGCCGAACUGGAUGACGCAGUCGAUAUGGGCGAAAACGCCGUGUGGGCCAACCUACAGGAUCCUAUUUACGCCGAAAAGGACGUGGAGAUCUUCCGACCGACCCAAAAAGACUCGACCUUGCCCGUAUAUUACGCCAAAGGUUGGCUGCCGUUCCCAGCCGAUACUCUAUUCGAUUCGCUCAUGGACGCAAGAUACCGCAAGACCUGGGACAGUACUGUGCACGAGGUGCAUGUAGUGGAGCAUCAACACGUCAGCGACGUCAUGUAUUUCGCUCUCAACUUGCCCUGGCCACUAGCCAAUCGGGACUACGUCUACCGACGUCGCGUUAAAUUCUACCCCACUCAAAACGCCUUUGUGGUGCUGUGUCAAGCUGCUCAUCACGCAGACGCACCGACCAAUGGGGUUCGUGUGAGAGUGGAGACUUGUACACUACGUCUUUGUAUACGCAGCAUGUCAAGCUCCAAUGAUUCCUGUGAUUUCCACUUGGAAUACGAAGACGACACCAACUUUAGUAUCCCGAAUUACGUGGUCAACAUGAUGCUACACACCAUGAUGUCAUCGUUCAUGACGGGACUGCGUAAGGCAUGCAAAGGGUACGCGGAGUACAUGAAAUCUUUAGACGAUGACGAUGCACAGAGCAUUCCGUCCCAGGUCGUGCGUCAACGCGCUGCAGUCCUCGCUGCAGCCACAACGUCAGUGACGGGAAGUGUAAGUUCUGUUAAAAGUACGAGCGUCAUCGGUGCUUCUGUUACUGAGGAGCGCAAGCCUGUGCGCGCUAGUCAACGACCUCGAAGCAGUUUGUUCUUUUUAAGCACUACAAAGAGGAAACCUGAACUAUUGCAGCUUGAUACCGACGAACGUAGCUGCGUAAGUGAAGACUGGGGCGACGACACGCCUCGUAGUGAACCCCCAACGACGCAAAGCUUGCGUCCGUCCCCCACUCAUCGCUCGGCCUCGACGGAGAUUGACACUAGCAAUGGAGCUUCUAGGUCCCACCUCAGCCAUUCAUCGUCCGCUAACAGUCUCGACUUCCUCGGCUCUUCGUCGGUGUCCGAGUUUUCUCUGACCUCUACACACACCCCACGUAGCGUAGACGGCGUGUCGACGCCAUUGGAUGACGACUUUACUAUCAAGUUCCGUAAGCAAAAAGUUGGUCUGCAUUUGGAGACGGAUCUCUUCUCCAACAAGGUGCUUGUCGCUUUCUGCGAGAAAGACAGUGAAGCUGCCAUUUGUAAAGAACGUAUCGAGCCAGGGUUCCUCGUGACGUCAGUGAAUGGCGUUGCAGUUAGUGACUUUAACUUCACAGAGGCUCUGGGUAAGAUCCAGCGAGCUCCACGGCCACUUACGCUGGGCUUUACGCACCCUGAUCGAGAAGCUUCUCUGCAAUAUCGACGCUUCAAGGAGCCACAGAACGUCUUGAAAUGUCUUGUGUCUCGAGAUGAGAUCGAUUUACUGGGAGCUCUACGUCCACUCGAUGAGGAAGCGGCGAUAAGUGCAGUCCUCAAGUGCGACUUUGUCGCACCAGCUGCCACCGUGUCAGCUAUGGCAUCGCUGAGUCCGAAAGGCAGUAGUCCAGCUCUACUGGAUUCUCCGUCGAAGCAGUCCACGACAAAUGUACCCAAGCUACACGCGUCUGCGUCAAUGCCACAGCCAGGCAAGGAGCGUGUGCUGGUUCCAGCUGGCUACUUAGUGUACGAGAUCAACGACUCGUAUGUGUUGGACGUACCAUUCGCCGAGAUCGCUCACUUAUUGCGUCGAAGUGGUGACGUCUGCGUGGUAACUUUCAAGGCAGCGAUGGCCAUUGUGGGCGGACCCAAGCAGCGUAAAAGCAGAUACAAACUCCCAAAACGUCUACCUGGCGUGUUCCGGAAGAUGAAACGUCGAGCGUCGGAUGCGAGUAUGACUGCGAGUAUGAGCUCAGCUUCGGCGAAGAGUUUAUCGUCUGACGGUGACACGAGACAACCAAAGGAUGCAAAUUCUGGUCUGGCGGACUAUUACUCCGUUGCGGUCACAGCGAGCAACAUCGAUUGGGUGUGGCAGCAAGUGCUGCUCUUGAAAGUCACGGAGCGGAUCUUCUCUGCUGCACUUCUGAUUGACCGACUUGAGGCGUUUUUAACUGAUACGGACAGCGCUUACACGAGCAUUGCAGCUGCUAAGACGAAGAUAUUACAAGCAAUGCAUGACGAGAAGGAGAUGAUUGAACACGUUAAAGAACGACGUGAUCAAGGUGUCAGAGCGCUAAAGGACUUUAGCGACAAAGAAGGUGACGACGACUGGCAGUUCGGUCAGACGAUGCUGGGCGUCACGACGUCCUGGAAACCGGAUGACGAUGGCUCGGUGUGGAUCAAGCUGGAAGGUCUCGUUGACGGCGUGGAUAUAUUCAACACUAUCUCCGUUAUUCGCGAGGUGGAUCUCUACAGUGUUUGGACUCCGUUUUGCUCCCAGUCUUUGCUGCUGCAGUCGAUGGGUCACGUGGAACUUGCGGCUUAUUUGGCCAUCUCAUCUCCAUUCUUACAGCGCGACGCCAUCAUCCGAGCGUAUGGCAUUAACGCCGUUUAUGAGCACAAUUGUCUGCUGUUACUAGGAGGCUCCGUGGACGUGUCUUCAGUGAAUAGCGCUGUGCCGGUUCCCACGUUGCAAGGGUGGAAUGCCGGUCGUAUGGAGAUUAAGGGCUUCCGUGCUCUUAUCGAGCCUCUAACACGCAUGCAAGCUCGCACUUGUAUCGUCGCGAAUAUCGAUCCAAAAUGUGCCAUUCCGAAACCUAUGCUGAACUUCGGGAUCAAGAAGAUGGCGGGCAUUCUGUUGUAUCUGAUCCGCAAAGAAGCUGAAAAGAUCGAGAACGAUACCAAGAAGACGGAGACCAGCGCUACUAACGAACACAUUCGACGUAUCACGAGCGACCCAAGCGGCUUCUACACGUGGCUCCGACCUAUUGUCGACAAAUAUUUUAUCGAUCAAAGCAACAAAAACCUGCCAGAGCCUCUGUCCUUGCCCUCUGACGCGCAGGUUCAGUAUAACAUACCUCGUGUGAUUGUGAGCAAGAGCACGCGAACCGGCAGUCCACGACUAGCCAAGCUACGCAGUUCAACGCGCAUUGCUGCGUUCCACCGUAAUGGUGUCGGCGUGUCGGCUGAUACACGAUCUUCAAUGGAGACGUCCCCGGCUUCCAGCAAGUGCUGGGGCGACUACCUGUACGACGUCGUUAUCUGGCCGUAUUUGCUGCUAUUUAUCGUCGCCAAGAUGUCUGCGGAUCUCUCUCUACUGUAUGCGUGUAUGAUCAAGUUCGUCUUCACCUGCACGUGCACUUACCUGGCUGUUCCCGGUACGUUUCCUCGAGCCACGCGGCAUUGGAAACGAACCCGCAACGAGCUCGAGCCUCUUCGACGUCAAUGCGUUGUGCUGGCCGCAAUCUGCGACGUCCUGAGCUCGUACGCGCUGCGUGUAUGGGUCCGGUGGGUGCAGUGCUAUCUCUCCGCAACGCUGAAUGGAUCUGCUGGCUGCUUCUCUCGGUCGCAAACGGAAGUGCGUGAGUCGGAUCAGCUCUCUAUGAUGGUCUUUGGUUUCCUAUACGCCAGCGCCAUUGUUGGCAUGCAGAUUGCAGUCAACUUCUAA